GACGAGUCGUUCAGCGGCGCGUUCUCGCGCGUUCCUGAGUGAGCUCGCGGCAUUUUCGUACGACACGCUCGGGUCCCGGCCGGCUCGGGGGACUGUCUCGGCGAUGUUGUCGGUGAGCUAACCUCAAAACGGGGCUACGACUGGCGGCAGGUCCGCGCGGACAAUAAAGCGGCCGUUCGGAUGGAGACCGGUGACUCCGAGGCGAGGAGCAGCGACCCCGGCGCGGCCGACAUGGAGGCCGACGCGCGGGACACGGGGUACGACACGGACGAGGAGGGCGGCCUGAGGGUGGACGACGACAUUUACAUCCCGCCGCCUCUGAAGAAUUUUAACGAGAUUGACGCGACCGGGUCCAGGCUUAUGAUCGCCAAGAUCGUCAACAUGAACUUCAAGAGCUACGCCGGCACGCACGUGAUCGGGCCCUUUCAGAAGAGCUUCUCGGCGAUAGUGGGCCCCAACGGCAGCGGCAAGAGCAACAUCAUCGACUCCAUGCUGUUUGUGUUCGGCUACCGCGCCACCAAGAUUAGGUCCAAGAAGAUCUCGGUCUUGAUACACAAUUCUAGCGAGUAUGCAAACGUGAGAAGCUGCACCGUCUCGAUACAUUUUCAACGAAUUAUUGACAAGCCCGGCGAAGACUACGAUGUCGUUCCGGACAGCGAGUUUGUUAUAUCUAGGACGGCAUUUAAGGACAGUUCGUCGUAUUAUGAACUGAAUAAGAGGAAAGUACAAUUUAAAGAGAUUGCCAAGCUCUUGAGGUUUCACGGAGUCGAUUUGGAUCACAAUCGGUUCUUGAUAUUGCAGGGUGAAGUAGAGCAGAUUGCAUUGAUGAAACCCAAAGGCCAAAAUGAACACGAUACCGGAAUGUUGGAAUUUCUGGAGGAUAUUAUUGGCACGUCUCGCUAUAAAGAACCCUUGGAGAAAUUGUCGAAUAAGGUGGACGACUUAACGGAACGUCGUAUAGAGAAGCUACAUCGUCUCAAGGUCGUGCAAAAGGAGAAGGAGGCCCUGGAGCAGCCUAUGGAAGAGGCGGUGGAGUACUUAAAGUCGGAGAACACGAUAAUCAGAUUGCAGCAUCAGCUUUAUUACUGCAAAAGAUCUGAGGCGAUGAAGGAGCUCGAGGAGUGCGAAGCGACGCACGAUAGUCUUGACCAGGAACAUACCGCGUUGACGGACAAGAUGAAUAGCGUUUGCAAACAGAAGGAGGAGAGUAUUAAGAUUAUCAAGGAAAAGAGCGCGAAGUGGGACGCUCUGCAACGGCAGAAGGAUGGAGCCACAGCGAGAUUCAACGAAGUGCGUAAAAAGGAUGAAUUGCUGCACGCCGAACUGGUCGAGACGAACAAGCGGCGGAAAGCCAAUAUGGCGUCCACCAAGACGGAGAAAAGCAAGCUGGAAGAACUACUAAAGGUACCGGAGAAAAACACGAAAGAUAUCGAAGAAUGCGAACGUUUAAUCGAGACGCAUGCGGCCAACAAGGAAAAAGAAGAGACUUCGUUGUCGACCUUGAUGGCGAAUCUGCGGGAAAAGACGGAGCCGUUGCUGCACAAGCGGUCCGAAUUGGAGAAGAAACUGAUAUCUUUUAGGAAAAACGUGGAUGAGGCGCAAGCGGCGUACAAUAUUGCCAAGUCUGAGCUGGAACUUUAUAUAUCGGUGGAGAAGGUCGAGAAGGAGAAAUUAGAAAAUCUCCGGGAGUCUUUAGAAAGAACUGCGGGUACUCUGAAAGAGCGCCAGGAGCAGCUGGCGUUGUUCGAGACGAAGAUCCCGGCAACCGAGCGCAGUUUGAAGCAGGCGCAGGGUGAACUGGACGAGGCAAAGGCACUCGAGACGGAAAAGACCGCUCAGCUGCAGAGAAUGCGAGUCUCUUUUGAGGAGCAGCGCUGUGCCAUGCAGAGCAGCAAGUCGCGGAACCGCGUUCUGGACUCGUUAAUGAGAGAGAAGCGGGACGGGCGGAUACCUGGAAUAUUCGGGAGAUUGGGUGACUUGGGCGCCAUUGAUGCCAAAUACGACGUCGCUGUGUCGACGGCAUGCGGUCCACUGGACGACAUCGUUGUGGACACAGUAACCACGGCGCAGGCAUGCAUCACUUUUCUGCGGCAACAUGACAUAGGACGCGCCACAUUUAUAGCUCUGGAGAAACAGCAGCGGUUCCAGGCGAAAAUCAGCCAUAAAAUCCAAACGCCGGAGAAUGUACAUAGACUGUUUGAUCUGAUCAAGGUGGAGGACGAGCGGGUGCUGGUGGCGUUUUAUUAUGGUCUGCAAGACACUCUGGUGGCGCAGGAUUUGGAUCAGGCGACACGCAUCGCCUACGGUAGAAUGCGUUAUCGCGUGGUGACGUUGAAGGGCGAAUUGAUCGAGCUGUCGGGUACGAUGAGCGGUGGUGGGCGCACGGUAUUUCGAGGUCGGAUGGGCCAGAAGGUGGUGAGAAACGAGCCGUCAAGCGCUGAUAUCGAGAAACUGCAGUCGCAGUUGGAUACUGUGUUCGAAGAGUGCAAUAACCUGAGAGCGAAGAAGCAGCUGCUGGAUCAGCAGAUCCAUGUACUAGUAACCGGCUUGAAGGAUAUGAAGGUCAACAGGCAGAAAUUUGGUAUUGAGGUACAAACGCUGAACGAGCAGGAGCCGUUGUUGCGAGCCCAGCUGAAGGCGCAGGAAAAGACCACCGCCAACUCGGUAUCGGACCCGAAAAAGGUUGAACAAUUGCGUGAAACGGUGGACGCGGCAAAAUUGCACCUAGACAAGGUCGAGAAGAGCUCCGCCUCGAUAGAGAAGGAAGUCGAAUGUAUUAACAAGAAGAUAGAUGAUAUCUCGGGCAGUCGCGUGCGAGAUCAGCAGGCGAAAAUUAAGCAGCUGAACAAAUCGAUAGACAAAGCCAAGGCAGAGAUAUGCCGUCUGCAGGUGGCUAUUAAGACUGCCGAGAGAAAUGUCAAAAAGGUGGAGAAACAUAUAGAAACACUGGAGAGCGACGUGCAUACCUGCGAACAGAGGCUGAGGGACAUUCAGAAGGAAAAGUCCGAGCUCGAGGAGGGUGUUAAAGUACUUCUAGAAGAGUUAAACCAGGUCAACGAGGCGCUGGUAGAGCGGGACGACGCCACGUCGUCUUUGAAAAGCGAGCUGAACAAGCUGCAGGCGUGCGAGGACGAGCUGAAGGCGGCGAAGAUCGACCUGGAUCAGAAAUUGCACGAGAGUAAGAAGCUGUUAAAGGAGCUCCGGCAAGUGAUCCCCGAGUACAACCGGAAAAUAGCGAGUCUGAAAUUACGUGAGGUUCCACACGAGGCUGUGGAGCCACUUAACGAUCUGACGGAGGAGGAGAUCGGUCAGUUGGACGUGAAGAUGGUGACGCAUAAUUUGCUGAAGGCCAAGAAGAGGUUGCCCGAGCAGAUACCAAACAUGCAGAUCAUCGCGGAUUACCAGGAGAAGGACGCGCUGUACAUGACCCGUACCGCUGAGCUGGAAGAGACGACGGCGGAGCGGAACAAGAUGCGCGAGAUUCACGAGACUGCCCGGCGACGCAGGAUCAAUGAAUUCCUUAACGGUUUCAACUUGAUCACCGCCAAAUUGAAGGAGAUGUACCAGAUGAUCACGCUGGGCGGCGACGCGGAGCUGGAGCUGGUGGACUCGUUGAACCCGUUAAGCGAGGGCAUCGUGUUCAGCGUGCGUCCACCCAAGAAGUCGUGGAAGAGCAUCGACAAGCUCAGCGGCGGCGAGAAGACCCUGAGCUCGCUGGCGUUGGUCUUCGCCCUCCACCAUUACAAACCCACGCCGCUGUAUUUCAUGGACGAGAUCGAUGCGGCGCUCGACUUCAAGAACGUCUCCAUCGUCGGUAACUACAUCAAAGAGCGCACCAAGAACGCGCAGUUCAUCGUCAUUUCGUUGCGCUCGAACAUGUUCGAGCUGGCUGACUCUUUGGUGGGCAUCUACAAAACGUUCAACUGCUCUAAAACGGUGACUCUUCAGCUGGCCCGAUACUACGAGACCAAUGGUAUCGUGCCACCCACGCAGCUCACCUCCAAGAACUACGCAUCCCAGGCUUCGCAGAAGUCGCAACGCACCCAGCUGAACUCGCGCAAGGAGAACACCGCGCCACUGAGGAACAACAAUGAAAAAGAGGAGUUGUUGAAGACGAAAGAGCCGUCGCCUGCGAAGAACAUUCACCCAAGACAAACUUCGUCAGACGUCGACGAGGAGACAAAUGCGAAGAACAAUAAUGAGACGAAGAAGCCGAGUACGAAGCGGCAGAAAGUCGAUCAACUAGGUCUUCCGGAAUUGGCAGUAUGCAAGACGCCGCUGCAGACGCCAACGCGGCGUUCCGCCAGGAUCGUGAGAAAGAGCGCGGAAAGGGAACAGAACGGCAAGGGACCGGUUAAAAAGAAACAAAAAUCAAAGUGACCGUGUGAAUCAAAGUGAACGCGCGACGCUUUCAAAAUCAAAGGACGCACAUGCGAAAAGAUUACGCAAAGCUCGCUAUCGAAAACUAGCAUAAAUAUAUAUUAUAAAUUAACAAUGUAAAUACCAUUACUGUUACGUUUUCGCACAGUAAAUUGCAGCUCACGGUGCGUCUUUAAUUUUGCGUUCCCCAUAGCCAUUUGGCGUCGGCCGAGAGUGCAAGAUAAUUUACUGUGCGAAAAGUUAUCGUGAUGGCAUUACAGUAAAAGUAAAAAAAUUAAUUGACAUAUUUUUAUUUGUAAAUUUAAUGUUACACGCGCCGAGUUUUCAGUUCUCUUACGAUGUAAGAUUGUUUUGCGUAAAUGUAAAAUAUUGAGAACGACGCAUAUGUAUUUUAGUUCGAUAGGAUACAUGAUCUGCUCUUUUUCCCUGUAUUUUUUAUCUCCUUACGUUUCGGCCCCCUUUUCCUUUUUGCUCUUGACACAUACAUAUUUCGUUCUGAAUACUCGGAGUGCGUUAUGUAACUUUAGUUAACUCUUUAGUCGUCGCGCUGUUUUUUUUUAACAAAUUAAUAAAUUAAAGUGCAAGAUGUUGACAGAGCCUAAUAGAGAAAAUUAAUUUAAAUUUAGUGAACGAGCAAAAGUGUCGUUUCUACAUACUAGAUUUUUUCUUUAUAACAAUCGAAAGAAGCUAGUUUUUGUUGGCACCUUUACACUUUUGCCGAAAAGACUAUUUAGUUUGGAAAUAAUUACUUCAGAGAUGCGACGACUGGAAAGUUAAGAGGAGCGGACCUAUAAGUGCAAGUGCAGCAAUAUUUUUAUACAUUUGUAUAUUUGCCAGAAACUAUAUUAAAAUCUAAUUACUUAUUGGUAA